CCAGAAGUUCUGUUUUUGGAAACAUCUUUUAGAUACCGUCUUCGCCACGAUUAAUUUCAUUCUCGAGCGGCUCCGGCCCCCGAAUCCCUGUUCUUGAAAAAAGUAUACAAAUUGAGUAUUGAUGAGAAAGCAAGAAGGGAAUCUGUGACAAUCGUAAUCGAACUCAAACUGACUUAGUAGAUACGAGCCCCGUAGAGUUUUGAAUCAUAUUUUGUGCCACUUUUUUCAAAAUAAUUAUAGAACUAACCACAAAAACAUAAGCACCUACGCCGUUGUAGCGACCGACGUACAUUCGCAGGAUUUUUACGUCAUUUCUCUUCUCACUAUUUUGUAAACGCACAACGCUGAAUAAAGAAAGAAUAUGGAGGCUCACCGAAUGAAGGCAAGUUUUCUGAUGUAUCCCAAGCCGAGGCGGGCUGCACCGCCGGUCGUGACUCUCGUGUCGACUCUGGCGAUUGUUUUCCUGUCUGCGCACGAGCCCGGUAUUACCGGCGUUUCCGCGAUGUGGCUCAGUACCCUCUUUGGUGGAGCGGCCCCAACACCAGCGCCACAACAAUCUCCAACGGAGGAACAAGGAGAGCAGAAGCCUGGAGGGCGGGAAGGGGACCUUGCUCAUGUUGGAGCUGUGUUAUCGUCCUCGACGCCGUCCGAUUCCAGUGGCAGUACGACUACGAGGACAACUGUGUCACAGGGCAGCGGGAGUGGCACUUCUACUCCUCCUGAAGAUCUACUUCUACCUGCAGAGCAACAAGAGCAGAUAGAUGGGCACGACCAGCUGCCGGGUGAAGAUGGGUCCUCGUCUCCAGAUGAUGUUGAAGGAGAAGUAGAAGAUGCUUUCGAUGUUAUCCUCGACGAGACGGAGACGAGCGAAAUUGAGGCCGCACUGAAGCAAGAAAUUGCCGAAUAUAAACAAAAGCUCCUCUCUGGGGGAAAGCUCCGCAGUGGCUUCACGGAUAGCGAGGUGAAACCGGGUUUCCUCGAGCUGGCGCUUGCUUCCGCCGGGUUGCAGCCAAAGCUCCAUUUUCUUUUGGCAAAAAAGUACGGGGUCUUGAACGAAAAUAUGAUCGUUAGUAGUCCUCCCAUGAUCUUCCCAGCCGUUGACGAGGACCCAACAGAAGAACAACAACGACAGCAACUCCACCUCCUAUCCGGCGCUAGUAAUUAUACACCAAGAACUGGUACUAUCGGCGGGAACAAGAUUUCUCGCGAAUUGAAGGCUUUGAAAAAGGCACUCCUAGACUUCCACCACUGGUUUUUCAAGGCCACACUGUCCGAGGAGAUUCCGCACGUGCGGUGGGAGACGAGCGCACGUAGCGGCGCAGCCGGGCUCAAGGAACAUCUGAAAGCCCAACUGGGAAAAAUCGAGAAGGAGCUCCGACACUGUACGAUCCAAGAAUUGAAAGAGCAUCUCACGGCGGGGAAGAACUUUGUCGCCCUGUAUCUGCCGGUCCAGCUUCCGUGGGGUGUUUACUUGAAGCAAAACUUGCCGACCGAAACGGCGCAGGGCAAGCUGGAAAAACUGACGCGCAACGCGGGUCAUUGGGUGGUCUUUCGGAUCCAGAUCCGGUUUUCCGGAACCUCCGAUUCGGACGGUUUAUUUCCCCACGCUCUGCACUACUCCGUUGAAUAUCACAACAGCCACGGCAGCGACAACGUUGAGGACGGCAUGAAGUCCUCGCGUCUCGCGCUAAAGGGAACCGAUGCGGGUAGCAUGGACCGAAAGACGAACCCUUUUCUACGCGAGACGACCGAAGCAGAAGCUGAGCUGGAGCAACUGCUCGACUCGAAAGCCCUCACAAAAAAGUACAAUGAGGAGGGAGCUUGGUGGUCUACCGGGCGGAAAGUCUUCCAGCAUGCGUUCCAGAGUACGAAGUUUGACAGGUCGGGGGGUGGAAGCAGAUCUUAUUUGCUGCCCGAUAACAGUUUCUUCGGCCCGACAGAGUUCGGGGACGCGCUCCUGCAGGAAACGACCAAAGGAGCGGCCCCUUUCGACGGCCCGAGGACCGCGGAUACUCAUCUCGUGAAAAAUGGAUUUCCUUUUCAGCAAGACGACUGGAGCUGUGGGUGGUGGGUGUUGCUGUAUGCGAAAUAUCGGGACAACUACGACUCUUUGACGGAGUACCAAACCGCGACAAACCAAAAGCUGAUUGCCGCGAGAAAGGUCGGAGUGGAGAACUUUCGAAAUGCACUUCUUGAUCGUCAAGCUGAAAAUGAAAUCGUAAAUGCGGAAGAAGCCGUGCUGUUUCUGCGGAACGACUUGGGUUCGCGGUUCAUUCUGGAAUUCCGCAAUGGGCUCACGGAGGAAAUCGGGGAGGACAAAUCCGUGGCAGAUUAUUCCAAUGAGCCUCGUCCGUUGGAGGAGCAGAAGGUCGACACUGGAACUGGUACAACUACGGAAGGUGUAUUUCUAGCGCCAAGAUGAAACAGAAAAAGAAAAAGCCUGCAUAUACAUUCUUCAUCCCGACCGCAGAGCGUUAACAACGUACGACAUUCAUAGAAGACCGUCUUCGCUGAAGGUGAAGAUCCGCAACAAGACGAAAGAGCGCAGGCGGAGCCGGCGCGUGGUUCUUGCGGUUGGCGGGGACACCGACACGGACAGUGGCAGACGAAGUUAUUAAGCAAAAAAACCCAGCUGCUCGACGGCCCGGGUGUUGUGUUUUCGUUUUGAGGAUGAAGAGGGGGAGAAUUAUACAAACAAGCAAACAUACUUCCGCUGGUGCAUUUUUUUCAACCUUAACAUUUUUAUGUUACCCGCAAGAGCACGCAUUGGCAUUUGAACUUGAAGUUAAGUACUUAUUUCGGUGAUGCCCUUGUUAUUGCCUCUGCACGUUCGUCGCGACGUUUUCCCACUUUUGUUUUCGCGAGGAACCAGGCUUAUCCACUUAAUCUAGUACGUAGAUUAAUACGACCUCUCAGUUGUACAUCUACAAGUUAGCACAUGCAGUGCGAGGCCUCCUCAACGAGUGCCCUCCCGUGUACAAUUUCCGACUUGAGUUACACAGUUUAGCUAUUUUUGUGUAUCCUCUACAAAAAGUAGCGCGGCAGCGGCUAGUUGUCUGCGCUUCCGCAUAAAAAGUAGUUCUUCAUACAAUCGCACUCGCGAUCAUGAACCCCGAAAGAGCACAGCCCAAGAAUUGCCCCCCGACAGAGGACUGCUGAAGUGGCCCAAUUUUGUAUAUCUAAAUCUACUAAAUUAAAGACUAGAAACAUUUUUCCUUCCAAGAACGAAGAACACUGAAGGUAUAAAAAAAGUAAAAGACGUUUGGUUUGGGUUGUAUGAUGUUGCACUCCCUCUUACUCUUUGACUUUUUUGUGGCGUAACCCGCCCUGCCAUUGAAGAUUCCCCUGUGUAUGAUCUUUUGAGAGACACAUCAAGAAUCGCCUCUCCGACCCCGUUGACAGGCAACACGAAC